GGUGCAUUGCAAGAAUUCUUAAUAUUUAUGUGGGUGAAUAGAGUUUAUCUGAAAUUUCACAUCUUAUUCUUAUUGCAAUACCAGUUUGCAUUUCAUAUCGCUUGAACUUACACAGUACUCGAAAAUGAAAUUGGUAGAAGUGUUCUUCUUUAUUUUUGCUGUCCAUAUCAGUGGGAUUGAAGGAGCGCGGUAUGAUAUUGAUGACCCAGCAGGAAUAGUUUCCAUUGUCCUUUUGGCCUUAGCAAUCAUUGUCUGCAUUUUGUCGUUGGUAAUGUUCUUCUACAUUGUUUAUAAAUUGUGGAACGGGAACUUUCGCCAUCAUCGUUAUUAUGGAAAUAGUAACAUAAGUCGUCAAAAGAUUGUAGCGGUUCAUGAUCACGAGACAGAUGGCAUACAGGAAACAAGCUUAAACACAAAGCCUAUUUAUAGCUAUCAUAACGAGGUUGCAGCUGCGGAAGAGGCUAGAGAAGCAGAGAUGGAGGCAGUGGUGGAGACGGAUGUUGUGAAGGAAAGCUUCAAAACUGAGGAGGUAAUUGUCAGUCAGGCUCCUCCGACUGAGCAAGCAGAAAUGGAAACUCAAGAAUUGGUGGUUGUCUUUGAUGACAAUGAUGAUGUCAUCGACGUUUUGACACACGUAGCUUGAAUGAAUGAACUGUAACGAAUUAUUUUGUACUAGUUUUCUCUCUCUAACUAAAAAUUGUAACCUUUUUAUCAAAUGUUUAAUUGAAAUUUUUAACACAACAUUGUUGGUGUAACUCUAGACUUAUAACUGCAAAUAGAUCAUGUUUUCAAGCAUACAGUUUUUUGUGACGAUCCAAAAAGUUGAGACCAAAAUUCUCAC